UUCCACAACAGCGGUAACAAUGGCAAACACUAGCCCAGCAGAAUCUACCAUUAUACCGUCAGUCACAACAUCGGGAAACAACUACACCAACAACAACCAUAACAGAAUCAUCUGUUUUACCUUCAGCAACGUUUACCAUAGUAGAAACAUCCACGUUGCCAUCUAUAACAUCUACGUCAAUAGCAGAAAUAACAUCAGAAACUUCAUCAGGAACUUCUACAGCACAAACUACAGCGGCGUUAACUACAACGCCGGAAAUUUUCACAUCAAUAACGCAAAUUACUACCACACUAGGACCUACAACUACGGCAUUUACGCCACCAGAAACUAAAUCAACAACGGAGAUAUUUUCAACUGAAAUAAUGACAUCGACAGAAACAACUAAAUUCACAACACCAAGAACAGCAUCAACAACGGUAAUAUCUACAACACCGGAACCUACAGUUACUAAAGUUACUACAACACCGGAAACUACAACACUAAAACCUAUAAUCAUUGAAGUUACUACAACAGUAGAACCUACAGUCACUGAAUUAACUACAACACCGGAACCUACAGUCACUGAAGUUACUACAACACCGGAACCUACAGUCACUGAAGUUACUACAACACCGGAACCCACAGUCACUGAAGUUACUACAACACCGGAACCCACAGUCACUGAAGUUACUACAACACCGGAACCCACAGUCACUGAAGUUACUACAACAUCGGAAAUGGUAACCACAACUGCUACUGCACCGCCCGACAUUAUCGUUCCUAUAGAAGAGGAAGAAAGCGAUGGGAUCAUUCAGAUUUCGUCGAAUGUAAACAAAACCUGUGACGACACUGAGCCAGAGGACUUCGUACAGGAUGUUGUCAUUGAAAACAAAUACGAGAUGGAUGACUUUGAAAAGGCCCUACACAGACUGAAGAAUAGCAAAGACAGUUAUUGCGCAGUGCAAACUGUACUGUCGCAAGAAUCUAACAGCACCAUGAAUUCUUCUUGGUACUUCAUGGACUACGAAGGAAUAAUCCGAAUGGAAUAUGGGGAGGAGUACCAGUCAGAUGUUCAUAUCAGCCAAGGACUCUUGAUGAUUCUGCCUUUAAUCGACGGCGAUGGUAACCUCAAUAUCGUCAUACUAAUCAGAAUCUUUAAUAAUGAACCUGCGAGUCCAAUCGUCCAGAUCAGUCAGACUUUUGCGGAUCACAAUAACUGCCAUUGCAAAAAGAGAGAGACUUUUCAGUCUUCUAAUCAUGUAGCAGAUGACGUGUCGUUCCACUUGGCACAGCAUUUUCAGGAAAAGGCCACAAGCUUAUUAAAUCCAGGAAGAUCCCCUAGAGAUGCUGACACUGACUGCUUGACGGAAUACAUCAACAUGCUCGAUGCCGUGCCGCCCUUCCAACGUACAGUAAAAGAUCUCAUAAUCGUGAGAGAGCUUGAAGAAGAAUGCGUAAGUUGAUGUAACCACUUCAGUAUAAUCUCUGCAGCUCUGACUCGAUACUCCUUCCCACGAUGGAGUGAUCUCGAUUGGUUUCUUGCGAGUUAUACGACUCAGGCUUUGUGUGGUUUCCAA